GCGGCUUCCCAUAUGCGGAGCUGAGCAAUCAUCAAGUACCAAUAUUCCUGACAGGCGGCGGUCGACUGCCGAAACCAGCGCGCGCCUCUGCUCGACUCUACCAGUUAAUGACCGAAUGCUGGUCGGAGAACCCCCAUGAUCGCCCAACGUUUGCCCUCAUAGUGGAGAAGCUUACUGCCCAGAGGCAACUCUACGUGGACCUCGACUGCCUUUACCCAGCAUCCGAAGACCACCUGACCCCUUUGAGUGACUACUUUAGCGCUGCGAGUGUUGACAGUGAAACCUUUGGGUAA